UUAUAUGACAGUAGCAAAACUUCAGACUAAGCUAGAUGGAGAGGCUAAACAGAAUACUGUUCGAAAAUUGAUCGACAAGAUAGCUCAGGAUGGAUACCUGAAAAGCUCAGGCAGCAAGAGAUUGGGUAGGCGUGUUGUUCACUCUGAAUCCACCAACAUAAAGCUCAUUGAAGUCAAAAAGAUUAUAGAGGGCCAACCUAUGGAAAUAAUCAAAGAACUGAUGGAAAGGUUACCACACAUGAAAGAGCUUAUGGAUAUAUAUUGUGGCCCUGAUAGAGUGACUGCAAAGCAACAAAUGCAGGAGUUAGACAGAGUCGCAAAAACUCUACCAGAGAAUAUACCUUCAUCUGUGAAGAGGUUCACUGAUCGUGUCGUUCUUUCACUUCAAGUUUUCUUUUUUUUUUCAACUUAGUUUAGUUUCCUGUAAAUCUUAUAAUGUGUCAUUCUCUGAAAUGGAAAACACUGAAUAUGGCAAAAUGGAAUAUUUAAACAGGCCUUUGAGUGUUGACUUGGAAAUGGAAAUGAAUGUAAUUAUUUUGCAAUGGGAGCAAAUUCUUUGUUUAUCAUAA